AUGUCUCUCAAGACGCUCUUGAUCUCCACGCUCCUCGCGGUCUCCGCCGUCGCAACGGACUACUCGUCCUGGGGCAGCGGUAGCGGUGGAGGUGGCUCUUGGGGCGGCGGGAGUAGUCCGGACAAGGGCUCGGGAUCCGGCUCCUGGGGUGCGGCGGCGUCAUGCCCGGCGGGCUGCCAACCGAUCCCCACGGGGGGCGCACCACCGCCAGCAGCGACCAGCGCAGGAGAGUUGAUCGUGCAGGUGGUGUCGGUCUCGGACGCCAACGGCUCUCUGAAAUACUUCCCCAACCAGAUCGAAGCGCCGGUCGGCUCGGUCGUGCAAUUCCAAUUCCAUCCCAAGAAUCACACAAUCACCGAAUCCAGCUUCGCGGCACCGUGCAAACCGAUCGCGGCAAACCUGACCUCGGCCACCCGUCCCGGCUUGAAAUCCGGCUUCGUGCCCGUGACGGGCAAGGAGGACUUCACGCCCGUCUUUAACGUGCUGAUCAACGACACCAAACCUAUCUGGAUCUACUGCGGCCAGACGAACCACUGCCAAAAGGGUAUGGCCAUGGUAAUCAAUCAGAACAGCAGCGGGCCCAAUACCAUCGACAAGUACAUCGCAAACGCUGCGCAGUUGCCUAUAGUUAACGUGACCGCUCCACCGCCGGCCACGAGCAGCGUUGUCGCGCCACCUCCGCCCCCAGCCCCGCCGGCGGCCACGGACACCUUCACCUUCGGUUCGGGUGCAGCCACCAGUUCAGCCGUGCAGGCUCCGCCCGUGGAGACGGUGGCACCUCCCUCGACGAGCACGACGGCCGUAGCACCCGCGACAUUCACGGGAGCCGCUGUCUCUUUGCCGGUCCGCCAUGCGUCGUCUGCGGCCGGCCUGGUGUUGGGCGCGCUUCUGGCUCUGUGGUAA